AUGGCCACAAACGCCAAAGUGACGCGUGAGAUGUUAAAAGAUAAACCUUGGAAGCAACAGGAGAAGCUCCAAAAACAAAAGAGAAACAUCACUUAUCUCGAAGCAUUGGCCAACGUCGUCCCACUACUUUUCCAAAGCUGCAGGUCCAGAACUCCACUUGGAGCUUUCAAAAUUCUUUACCUCCUUUGUACAGAGUACAUGCUUCAAAUAUCCACUCUUCACGGACAACAGAUGACAAUGUAUCAUAUAAUCCUUACCAAUGCAACGAAUGUGCUUUGCAGAUGGAUGUGCACCUAUUCAAUUCUAGUCAUUCUAAUCAUUUCUAGUGAAUUGACUACUGCAACAUUGUGGACCAGUGCCAACUUUACAACUUAUCAGACUAUUCCUUUGGAUUGGAAUCUUUUCCUAAUAGAGUAUCAGAAACAAGAGAUUUUAGAGGAACAUUUGAAAGGACUACAAUAG